ACGAAUUCGAAGCUUAUCUAGCCAUUAGAGGGCUUAGCAAAAAACUACUUGAAGGGAAAAGAAAUAUGGGUCGAAAGAGAGAUCGAUUUUGGGAGUUUGCUGAAGAACUAAAUGGCCGUUUCAAAUGUAAGUUUUGUGAACUUGUUUUUGCUGGGGGUGCUUCAAGGAUUAAAUGUCACUUGGCUGGAGCUAAAGGUCACGAUAUUAGUAUUUGUACAAAAGUGCCUAAAGCGGUCCAAGAGGAAGCUUCUCUAGCAAUUGGUAUGCCUAACAAAAAACUUAAGGGUGCAUCAACUUCAAAUGAGGAUAAGGAGAGGGAAAUCAAACUACUUGAAGGGAAAAGAAAUAUGGGUCGAAAGAGAGAUCGAUUUUGGGAGUUUGCUGAAGAAAUAAAUGGCCGUUUCAAAUGUAAGUUUUGUGAACUUGAUUUUGCUGGGGGUGCUUCAAGGAUUAAAAGUCACUUGGCUGGAGUUAAAGGUCACGCUAUUAGUAUUUGUACAAAAGUGCCUAAAGAGGUACAAGAGGAAGCUUCUCUAGCAGUUGGUAUGCCUAACAAAAAACUUAAGGGUGCAUCAACUUCAAAUGAGGAUAUGGAGAGGGAAAUCAAACCAACUUCAAUAUCAAAGGAUGACAUGUUUAGCGGAGUGUUUGAAAAGAGAAAGGCAGAAGAAAUUUUACUUGGUGUUUUUGUGGAGGUACUUCUAGCCAGGUUGAGAUCAAUGGUUAUAGAGCAACAUGUUAGUUUUGAGUUGGGUUUCAUGGAAGGGCUAAUAGACCUUCUUAUGUUGUUAACCCAAAUUCAACUUGUGUUAAAUGAUGCUGAGAAACGACAAGCAAGUGAUGAUUUUGUGAGGAGUUGGUUAGCAGAGCUUAGACCUGUUGCUUAUGACAUUGAUAAUGUGCUGGGCAAGUUUGGCUAUAACAUUCUUCAGCUGAAGGUACUAAACUACUCUUCACCCUCUAAGGACAAUAUCAAUAUGGCAAACAAAAUUAAGACCAUCAACGAAUCAUUAAAAAGACUUAAAGGUGACAUUGCUAGUUAUCAAGCGGCGUUUGAAAAUUCGAUCCCUGUGAUUAGCUGGGAGAUGGACCCCGUCCUUGAUGAGGAAAAAUUGUGGAAGAUGUACUGGGCAUGGAAUGAACCACCGAAGGUUAAAACCUUCAUUUGGAGAGCUUGCUCAAAUAUGCUUCCCACACGGAUGAACCUCCAGCAACAGAAAGUUCAGGUAGACCAGAGAUGCGAGCUGUGUUGCCAACAACCAGAAACAUGUGCUCACUUUUUGUGGGAGUGUCCUUUUGCUAGAAAUGUAUGGGCUAUGAUGAGGGGAAGGGUGCAGAAAUGCAGCAAUGGGGUGCAGGAUUUCUUCCAACUGUUUCGGAUUGGGGGGGAUAAACGGUCAAAGGGAGAGCUGGAGCAAUGGGCAGUUCUAUCGUGGGCAAUUUGGAAUGCAAGAAAUAAGCUUUACUUUGAGAAAGUUCAGACACACCCAAAGUUGAUUAUGGAAGGAGCGUAAGCCAUAACAGAAACAUAUUAGUGGGUUUCUGCUACCCUACUUUUGGCCUGAACACGACCCUCUGUUUGUAGUAUGUGGGAAGAGGGGAAAAGCUUCGCGGUUGUUUAUUUCUAUUCAUGAUGUAUCCUUGGGAACAAGCUCAGCUAGCUUGGGAUUUUUUUAAGUUGUAUACUUUGUUUACUUUCGCAUCAAUGAAAUUCUCUGUUAU